AUGGCUCUCUGGACUGUUGUGAUAUUUCUGGUGGCGUUUGCCGGGACUCAGGCGUUCGCUGACGACCAGUUCACUUACCCGGAAAUCGCUCGCGAGCGUUCCCUGCCGGGUUCUAGAAUUGUAUCAGGAUGGGAGGCGAGUGAAGGCCAGUUCCCUUACCAGCUCUCGAUUCGUUCGGUCAGUACUGUGGGAGGAGUCAACGCCUGCGGAGCCACCAUCAUUCAUAGCAACUGGGGACUCACAGCUGCUCACUGCACCGGUUUACGUGUCACAAUCAUCAUCAGAGCUGGAGCAGUGAACCUGACCCGCCCCGGCUUACUCUUCGAGACUACUAAGUACAUAAAUUAUCCUGCGUACAUCGAAACUUUGAACGUAGUGCAGCCUAAUGAUAUUGGCCUAAUAGACUUUGGCAGGAAAAUAGAGUUUAAUGACUACAUUCAGCCAAUCAGACUGCAGAGAUCCGGGGCUAAGAACCGUAAUUAUGACAAUGUCAGAUUUGUCGCCAGUGGAUGGGGUCGCACGUGGACGGGAGGCGCAUCUCCGGAGAACUUGAACUGGGUGUUCUUGAACGGAAUAUCGAAUCUGCGUUGUAUGGUGGCCUAUAACUUCAGUCCCACCAUUCAGCCCUCCACCAUUUGCACGCUUGGCUACAACGACACUACACAGUCCACAUGCCAGGGUGACAGCGGUGGUCCUCUGACAGUGAUCGAUGAAGACGGCCAAAUCACACAAAUAGGAGUCACUUCGUUCGUGUCCGGCCAAGGCUGCCACGUGGAUAUACCUUCAGGUUUCAUCCGCCCCGGGCACUAUCACGACUGGUUCAAGAAUGUCACCGGCUUGGAUUUCGAUUGGACAGUGGAGACAACAAGGGAACACGACGCGACAGAUGAUACCGAAUCUUCGGCACCGCUUUUUGAAUAUCAAUAA